GAUUGUAUACACCUGUGUCCAUGGAGGGGAUUGGAACACCUGAAUCACAUGAUAUGGAGGGGAUUGGAACACCUGAAUCACAUGAUAUGGAGAGGAUUGGAAUACCUGAAUCACAUGAUAUGGAGGGGAUUGGAACACCUGAAUCACAUGAUAUGGAGGGGAUUGGAACACCUGAAUCACAUGAUAUGGAGGGGAUUGGAGCACCUGAAUCACAUGAUAUGGAGGGGAUUGGAACACCUGAAUCACAUGAUUGGGAGGGGAUUGGAGCACCUGAAUCACAUGAUAUGGAGGGGAUUGGAACACCUAAAUCACAUGAUAUGGAGGGGAUUGGAACACCGGAAUCACAUGAUUGGAGGGGAUUGGAACACCUGAAUCACAUGAUAUGGAGGGGAUUGGAGCACCUGAAUCACAUGAUAUGGAGGGGAUUGGAACACCUGAAUCACAUGAUUGGGAGGGGAUUGGAGCACCUGAAUCACAUGAUAUGGAAGGGAUUGGAACACCUGAAUCACAUGAUAUGGAGGGGAUUGGAACACCGGAAUCACAUGAUUGGAGGGGAUUGGAACACCUGAAUCACAUGAUUGGGAGG